GAGCUUCGGGCACAGCCUCGGAGCUCCGGGUCUGGCGCAGCCGGAGGCAGAAGCGGCGCGUCUGGAGAGACCCAGCCUCACUGCUCGUAUAUGGCAAAGUUUCUCGCCGAGCUCCUGGGCUGCACGUUGCCGAGCAAGGGCGCCUCUCCCAUGUUUGAGUCCAAAAGUCAUUCCCGAGUUGGCCUGAAAUCAAGCACCAAGCAAAAGACCACCAUUUUCAGCACAUUAGCCAGUGAAAAGUCCUUAUCUGACUGCAAAAAGGAACAGCAAUGGAAACCUUCCGUGUAUGGCAGCAUGACGCCUGUCUGCUUCGCAAGCCCUCCGAUUGAGAAGCCAAUUGGCAAAGAAAGUAUGCCUCAGACGCCUCCCUUUUCAGCAAUGUUUGACAGCAGUGGUUACAACCGAAACCUCUACCAGUCUGCAGAGGACAGCUGUGGAGGAUUGUAUUACCAUGACAACAACCUCCUCUCCGGCUCCCUGGAAGCACUCAUCCAGCACUUAGUACCUAAUGUGGAUUACUACCCGGAUAGAACGUACAUAUUUACCUUCCUGCUCAGUUCCCGGUUAUUUAUGCAUCCAUAUGAGCUCAUGGCCAAAGUUUGCCACUUAUGUGUUGACCACCAGAGACUCAGUGAUUCCGAUGGUGAUAAGAAUCAGAUAAGAAAAAUUGCACCUAAAAUCCUUCAACUUCUGACAGAAUGGACAGAAACAUUUCCUUAUGAUUUUCGGGAUGAAAGAAUGAUGAGAAAUUUAAAAGACCUGGCUCACCGAAUAGCCAGUGGCGAGGAGCAGACAUACCGGAAGAACGUUCAGCAGAUGAUGCAGUGUCUGAUCCGCAAGCUUGCUGCACUCAGCCAGUACGAGGAGGUCCUGGCGAAAAUCAGCUCCACCUCUACAGACCGGCUCACGGUCCUCAAGACCAAGCCCCAGUCCAUCCAGAGGGACAUCAUCACCGUCUGCAGUGACCCUUACACGCUGGCCCAGCAGCUGACUCACAUAGAGCUGGAGAGACUCAAUUAUAUUGGGCCAGAAGAAUUUGUUCAGGCAUUCGUGCAGAAGGACCCUUUGGACAAUGACAAGAGUUGCUACAGUGAACGGAAGAAAACACGCAACUUAGAAGCUUACGUGGAAUGGUUUAAUCGCCUCAGCUACUUGGUGGCUACAGAAAUCUGCAUGCCUGUAAAGAAGAAACACCGUGCAAGAAUGAUUGAGUAUUUCAUUGAUGUAGCUCGGGAGUGUUUUAACAUUGGCAACUUUAAUUCCUUGAUGGCGAUAAUCUCUGGCAUGAAUAUGAGCCCAGUCUCGCGACUAAAGAAAACUUGGGCCAAAGUGAAGACUGCGAAGUUUGACGUUCUUGAGCAUCAGAUGGAUCCUUCAAGCAAUUUCUAUAAUUAUCGAACAGCUCUUCGGGGAGCAGCACAAAGGUCUUUAACUGCCCACAGUAGCAGAGAGAAGAUUGUGAUACCGUUCUUCAGUCUCUUAAUCAAAGAUAUUUAUUUCCUCAAUGAGGGCUGUGCCAACCGCCUUCCGAAUGGCCAUGUCAAUUUUGAGAAAUUUUGGGAAUUGGCCAAACAAGUGAGUGAAUUUAUGACUUGGAAACAAGUGGAGUGUCCAUUUGAGAGGGACCGGAAGAUCCUGCAGUAUCUGCUCACGGUACCAGUCUUCAGUGAGGAUGCUCUCUACUUGGCCUCCUACGAGAGUGAAGGACCUGAAAACCAUGUAGAGAAAGACAGAUGGAAGUCAUUAAGGUCGAGCCUCUUAGGCAGGGUUUAACAUGGGAGCUGACUGCUGCUGCUGCUGCUGCAACUAUUGCUGCAUCAUGCGGAUCCUUGAGGGGCUGGCCCGUGUUUUCUGGCAUCCGGUACCAUGAAACAUCACGAAGACCCCGCAGUCAUUGGCGUGCUCCGGUCCGGCAAAGCUACCAGGCUCUCUCAAGAGCAGAUUCCCGGGGACCUCGGUUUCCCCAGCCGACAGAUGGACUCAGCAUUUGUGAGACUGAAAUGUUCACUGAAGACACUUGAGAAAGAAUCCUCUGAAGCUCCCGGCUCUGCACAUGAUUCAUCUCCUGGAAUUUCCAUGUGAAUCAUAGCUCUGCACCUGGACGGAGUUUUCUUUUGUGUGUGUGUUUUUUAUUUGGUUGAACAUUUGCUGCUAAUGGGACUUACCCAGCUGAGUGCUGGCUCUUAGGAAGCCCGUGUUUCUUUGUUAACUUAAAUGAAAAAGGGAGAGAGGGGAGGGGAAAUCCCCUUCGUUUAGAUCCCCAACAGCCCAAUCAGUAUGGCCAGGGAGGGGUGAGCUGGCUGACUGCGGACUUCAUUCCCGUUAGUGCGUGCUGUGUUGUAAAUUCCUCUCCUCCCUCUUCCUACAAAGUUUUGAGUUGGCUGCUGGUUAGCAAACUCCUUUGUACCCAUAUUAAGUUAUUUAAUAUAAUAAUGAAGCUCAACACUGUGGUAGGAAAAUAGCCACUAGGGGGGAAAAAAAAACAAAAAUAAAACAAAAAAAAAAAACAAAGAAGCAGAGUUUGUUACUGGACUGCUUUAACACUGGAAGGACUUUUUGUUUUCUUUGCCCUUCUGAGCUGUUUACAGUUGACCACUGUGUUCUAUGGAUGUAUUUUUUGGUAGGUUUUUGGUUUUAUUGGUUACCUAGUUUUCCAUGAUGCCGAUUUUUUUCUUUUUUUUUUUUUUUUUUUCUGUUGUAAAUCUAAAUGAGCUGACUUUAAGGGUCUUAGGAAAACCCACGGCAUAAUUGCAAUUUAAUUUUUUAGCAGUUAUUUUUUAUUACCUUCUGGAGUCUGUUGGUGACUACGCUGUAAACCAAGAGUACAUUAGAAAAGUUACCACCCAUCCCCAGGUACAGCAGUGAACAAAACGAAUGAAAAAACACCUCGCUUUUAACUCAGUGGUUGAUCUGUGAAAUAGUCCACCUUGUUCAACAUCUAAAUGAGUCCGUAGUUGCUCUGCAAACAGCCAUUAUAUUUAUUUACUCUAGGAGAAACUGUAGAGUAGUGACUUGUGCUAAUGAAAAAACAAAACACCGUGUUCAAAAUAGAGAUGUCUUUGCAAACUUAAUGACAUGGUUUCUAAACACAGAGCAUGUAUAUGUGCUGCGCGUCAACUCAGCAGACCUGAAAUGUUAACAAGUUGUCCCUUUACGACCAUCAAUAUAUUUUACACUCUGCGGCCAGGA